CUACCAGUAGCAGUAUACUGUAAUUUUUGCUAUAUUUAUGUGCUGCUGGGGCCUCCUUGCCUUCUUCGUCAGCUGCAGCUCUCUCGACCAAAAUGAUAGACUUCACGGCGCUGGUCUCUCUCUUCUUCGUCCUCCUCAUCCUCAAGCUGGUCACCGGUCGCUACGCAUCACCCAUCCGCGGGCAGCGGCUGCCCCCGGGCCCAUGGCAGCUGCCACUCAUCGGCAGCCUGCACCACCUCCUGCUUUCGCGCUCCGGGGGCCUGCCGCACCGGGCCAUGCGCGACCUCUCCCGCGCCCACGGCCCGCUCAUGCUCCUCCGGCUCGGCGCCGUGCCCACGCUCAUCGUCUCCUCCGCCGAGGCCGCCAGGGAGGUGAUGAGGACCCACGACGCCGCCUUCGCCAGCCGCCACCUCAGCGCCACGCUCGACAUCAUCACCUGCGGCGGCAAGGGCAUCCUCUUCUCCCCCUACGACGACCGCUGGCGCGAGCUCCGCAGAGUCUGCGUGCACGAGCUCUUCAGCCAGCCCCGGGUGCUCUCCUUCCGCCCCGUCCGGGAGGACGAGGUCGCGCGCCUCCUGCACGCCGUCUCCGACGGGUGCCGCGGCGGCCGUGCCGUCAACCUCAGCGAGAAGAUGUGCCGCAUGAUCACCGACUCCGUGGUGCGCGCGGCCAUUGGCGAGAGGUGCGACCACCGCGACGAGUUCUUGCACGAGCUCGACGAGGCCGUGCGGCUCACCGGCGGCAUCAACCUCGCCGACCUGUACCCCUCGUCGCGGCUCGUGCGCCGGCUCAGCGUCGCCGCGCGGGACAUGGUCAAGUGCCAGAGGAACAUCUACCGCAUCGUGCAGAGCAUUAUAAGAGUAAGAGAACGCGCCGGCGCGCCGGAGCCAGAGAGAGAUGAGGACCUGCUCGGCGUCCUCCUCAAGCUGCAGAAGGACGGCGGCCUGCAGUUUGAACUCACCACCGAGAUGAUCACAGCCGUCAUUUUGCAACUGCAGGACGUUUUUUCUGCUGGGAGCGAGACAACGUCGACGACCUUAGAGUGGGCCAUGUCGGAGCUUAUGAAAAACCCACGGGUGCUACAUAAGGUGCAGUCGGAGGUGAGAGAGGCCUUCAAGGGAAAAGAUAAGCUCACCGAAGAGGACAUCGUCAAGGUGAGGCUGGGCUAUCUCCAACUAGUGAUCAAGGAGGCUCUAAGGCUGCACCCGCCGGGGCCGCUCCUGCUCCCACGGGAGUGUCGCGAGACAUGUCGGGUGAUGGGCUACGACGUGCCCAAGGGCACCAAGGUGGUUGUGAACGUGUGGGCGAUGGGGAGGGACGACAUGUACUGGGGUGACGCAGAGGCAUUCAGGCCAGAGAGAUUCGAAAACAGCACCGUCGACUUCAAGGGCGCCGAUUUCGAGUUCCUCCCGUUCGGAGCUGGCCGGAGGAUGUGCCCCGGCAUGUCGCUCGCGAUGGCCAACAUGGAGUUGUCGCUAGCUAGUCUCCUUUUCCACUUUGAUUGGGAGCUGCCCUGUGACAUGAGGCCCGAAGAUAUGGACAUGACAGAGACUUUCGGUAUCACAGUGAGAAGGAAGUUCAAGCUCUCGGUGCACGCAAAAUCCCACGUCCCAUGUGGAAAUUGAUUUGUUUGUUAAUGGCUCAAUGCAUGUAGGGAUGGCGCCUUAAUUUGGAAUUAUAUGUAUUUUCUGGCCAAUACAUUUGCGUAGCUGCAAGGUGUCAUCAUCGUCCUUGUACAAUUGAAUACCCUGUCUAAAUCUCAGUUGCUGUUGCAUAUGUA